GCUGCACACUCUGGCCUGCUAAAGUUCUCGACGGGUGAGCAAGUCGUCGAGAGGAAGCGAAACAAGAAAGAGAAAAGAAGAAAAAAGGAAAGAGAGGAACGGCCAACGAGCCAAGACAUAUAUCUCCUCGCGACCGACUUCAGAACGUGCAGUGUACCGCCACUGCUCGAGACCUGCGCGCCGUCGACUCCAGACGACCGUGUCCCGCGGUAGAUAUCGUCGCCGUGCAAGAACUUACGUCAAGCGCCACCGCCAACAUGUCGAGCGCCACGACCCAGACCCACACUGAAGUAAAGAAGGUCCACCGGGUGUUUGAGGGCUCCACUGCUGCUGACGUGCGGCGCCAGAUGGAUGAAUUCGCCAAGGAGUUCCCGGACUGUAUGCGCUACUUGGACGAUAUGUUCCCUGAACACAAGCUUCUCCCUUCUAGUGGUGGAACACCGAGACCCGAGCGCCAGCAGAGCAUCGUCAAGGAGGUGAAGGUGCUGCCCAGUGACGACAAGGACAAGAUCUCCGUCGAGCUCGACGUCGAGGGUUUCAAGGCAGACGAUAUCUCGCUGAAGGCUGUUGGCCGCAACAUGACCAUCCGCGCCUUCAACGAGAAGACCGAGGGGGACACGACCGUCAGGCGCGAGCUCAAGAGGAACGUUGUGCUGCCCGAGGGCGUCGAUGUGGAGAAGAUCGCCUGCAAGCUGACGCCCGAAAACAAGCUCGUCGUGCAGAUCCCACUACCUGUGGAGAAGAGCCAGGGAAUCGAGUACCUCAUCCCCGUUCGCUGCGAGAUUGAGCGCAGCGUGAGCCGCGACAACUUCGGCGCCGGAGCCAAGGCCGUCGACCGAUGAACUGCAAGGAGCACGGCCAGAGAACGUCCGACAGACAGAUUUCGCCCACAAAUAGAUAAAAGCGACGCUCGAAAAAAAAUUCGUGCCUAAUUGUUGCUUUUGUCGUGAACCUUUCCAGUAUCUGCAUAUGCAUGCGCUCUAGAUGACCUAAACAACCGGGAUCGACUUUGUAUUUCAACGGUAAAGAGUAAAAGCUCAUUAGCGGCAACAGAAGUUUGUGCUUCCGUCGUCGCCAUUGUGCUACACCAUUUCUUUUUGUUGUUCUCUGGCAUAUUGCGUUCAUUAUUGUAGCUGCCAUUAUUCGUUGUCUGUUUUGGACAUCGAUGUACACUCGCGCCAAGUCUGUGAGAAAUGAAGUUGUUUAUUUACUCAUCGACACUGUGUUUAUGUUCCUAUGUCAAGGCUAUCCAGCAUUGUUGUUUGGUGUUCCUCUGAUUACAGUGCUGAACGUGUUCUUGUGAGUCAAUUGCAAACGGCGCUGUGUUGCUAUGAAGGGAAUCUCGUUGUUCUAACGGCUGCUUUGUUCAUUGUGCUUCAAGAGCUCGCCUCGUAAGAGAAGACCCUCAAACUGAAGUGUAGGCAAAAUAUUUACGAAUCCGAUGUCUGAAAAAAAAACCACCUAAAGAAACGUUCAUGUCAUACUGUUUAGCUUUGGGUCAACUACCAUCUUCCACGUCAAUGACUUCAUUUGUUCAGUCAACCGUAGGGCUGUUAAACGUAAGCAUUUUCAUUUUUUUUGGUUGCCGUUUGCUUUCUAACAUACAAUGCUUAUGACGACCUGACUACGCUGAUAGUGUAAACCACGCCCUUUUCAGAGGAAAUAAACAGAAACGCAUUAAACUACGAUCACUAUGUUACCCAUGAGAAGAAAUUUUCAUUGGCUCUCAUGCGUGUACAAGUCGUCAUCAGCAGCACAAAAUGAUCGUUAAUAGUCAAAAUAUAUUUCAGGUUCUAUUAUUCAUGUGUCAUGCGCCAAACAUGAGGUAUAGAGUGUACCUUUCUUUAGAAAUAAUGCGCCUUUUCGCCAGGCGAACUCAGAUAAGCUUUAUUGAAGUUGUAACGACAAUAAUUCGGGAUCUUUGUAGUUCCACAGUGUUCGACGAACACGAUUUACGUGGUGGAUGUAGAUGGCGCUAAUUUACUUAAUUACGCUGCUAUAAAGUGUAGAUGGCUACACUUCUUAGGAAAAUAUUUUUGGCAGAAUGUGACGCGAGCGUUCAUAGUAAUUCUGAUAAUUACACAGCGCUGUCAGAUUACUUUUCCGUUGCAGGCAAUUGGGUUACCAUCUGCACUGAGCCGGAAACCAAUUUAAUGUGAUAGCGCAAUUUAUAGAGUGACAAAAUAGUAUAAUAUAAUCUUAUAAAGUGAGUAGAAGUCAUAAACUUUCACGUUAACCAGCGCUGUUUGCCGAUGGUGGUCAUUUACGUCGAAAUCCUAAACUCUGGAAUUGCCGGAAAUUUAAUGAAACAGGCUAUUUGUGCACAAUAAGUUCUUUUAAAUACCAUCUAAAUUUGUCUAUGUUUUCAGGGGCCAAAUUUUGCUGUUAUAACCUAUAUUGAACACCCACUCGGCUGACUUUUAGUCCUUUAGGUGCGUUCAAUCUUCAUAGCUAUGAAUUCUCUUUUUUCGUCAUGACCAUUCGCUCUGUGGGCAAUGGUGAACGCAACAAGAAUGUCCGGGGCCUUCCAGAUAAAUUCGGUGGUUGUAUUCAGGUGAGGUUCGCUUAAUUAGCUCACGCCGCACACGCUAGCUCCCCGCUAGACUUAGGUCAAUCCUCAGGACGAGCGAAAUAGUGCUUCCCUCCGAAAGACCCCUACUGCAAAAUACCUCGGCCCCUCUAAUUUUGGCACGUUGGAAUCUGAGACCGGUCAUGCUUCUCGGCAGGCACCUACAGAGCGUCAGCGUGACGUGAAGCCGGCUCUGACGAAGGUCCAAAAUAGAAGACACCAUGUGACCUUAAGGAAAUGUCGAAGACCCUCGUGUGGCACGUAGCGACACUCUAGCCGCCGCCAAGACGAAUAUAGCGACAUGGUAAAACGUCAAAUUCGGUUUCGCCCAGAAAAUCUCUCUUUGAAUUCUUUGGGCUGGAUGAUACAUCGACCUAACACUCUGAUUUGCAAGUGAGAUGCGUAGUAAGAAACUCAAAAGUUACUAGGUUUUACCACGGCUUGCACGAUAAAACAUAUAGGUUACAUAUGUGUACGCAUUUUCGCAAGAGUUUCGAAGGUAAUGAUUCCAGCAACUGACUUGUAAAAUAGAAAUUUCCGGAGCCCUCCACUACGGCGUCUCUCAUAAUCAUAUGGUGGUUUUGGGACGUUAAACCCCACAAAUCAAUCAAUGACUUGUAAAAUAAUGGAAUUAAAUGCUUUUGAAGUGGUACGCUCGCAGCGA